UUUUACAUCGCAAGAUCCCAUCUUUCCCUUCUCUCUCCUCUCCCGUUGAUGCAUUGAUCAGAAUAUCUGAUCAUACUUUGCAUCUUGGUCCGCCAUUGACGGUCAUUUAGUUUCAUUCCGGAGAUAAACGCUAGGGAAAUUUGGGAUUCAGGCGAUCAUUUUCGACGAUCAUUUUGUCAUAAGUUUUUCUCGUAACCUUGCAGAGACACAAUGUUGAAGACCAAUAAACUCGUACCGCAACAUGACACUCUCGCCGAUAAGCUUCACGAAUCAUUGAAUAUGGAAAAUGAUAAGGAAGAUACUGUUAAUGUCGAUCUUGGAUCACCAAUUACUCCGCUUCAGACUCGUCCGAGUGGACUCACCUCUAGUAGCUGCAGUUCUAGCUCCUCUGGAUCCGUAACGGGUCGUGCUGCUCACUCUCCGGCUUCAAGAAAACCCGAUUCCGGUCGAUCAAAUCCCUCCUCCGUGCAAUCUUCUAAACCCACCGCUCCCUCCGCCGCUCUAUCGGGGUCCGCCGCCGCUAAACCUUCCAGGUACACCGCUUCCUCCGCCGCUCAUUCUUCUCCCGCCACCGCUAAAUGUUUUAAGGCCACCACUUCCUCCGGCGCUCACUCGCGGCCGAGCAGUGCCUCCUCCGGCGCCAAAGCUGGGUCAGGCAGUAGCAGCCCAAAACACACGAACCCGAGACGCUCUGUUUCGUCGGAGUCAGGAAAACCAUCGGGAAAAAUGUCAACUUUACCGCCGCAGCAGGUCAAGAUAGUUCCCGGCGGGAACCUUUUCCCGUCGGGAAAGGUACAGAUCACAGGUAUGACUCAAGGAAUCCCGAAAAGCAUGGUUCUUGGACCAGGUGCCAAAUCAUACGGAUACGGUAGCGUAAUUCGAGGAAACAGCUCCUCUCCUUCGAAGCCAACGACGACGACGUCGUUUGGUUCUUCGUCUCGUUCACUCGUAACCGCCGGUUACUUUACCGGCGGCUCAGACGCGGAUACGAAAGUGGUGACGACUUGUUCGAAUCCAGAGGAAGUAAAGAGAAUUGGGAACGAAAUGUUCAAGAAAGGUUGUUUCAGUGAGGCUUUGAGGUUUUACGAUCGAGCAUUAGAGCUCUCACCGACCAAUGCUACUUACCAUAGCAACCGAGCAGCUGCAUUGUCGGGUUUGGGUCGGAUUGGGGAAGCUGUGACUGAGUGUGAAGAAGCUAUUAGAUUGGAUCCAGAUUUUGCUAGAGCUCAUCAACGUUUAGCCACUUUGCUUCUUAGAUUAGGUCAGGUGGAUAAUGCCGGGAAGCACUUUUUCGCGGUGGAGGAACCAUCGGAUCCGGUGGUGGUGAAGUUGCUUGAACUAGUAGAUAGACACUUGAGCAAAUGCGCAGAUGCAAGAAGACGCGGUGAAUGGCAUAUUGUUUUGACAGAAGUAACUGCAGCCAUGGUGUCUGGAGCUGAUUGGUCUCCUCAGCUAACUAUGUGUAAAGUGGAAGCACUACUGAAACUCUUACGGCUUGAUGAUGCUCAAACAGAACUAGCAUUUGUCCCCAAAGUAGAACCAUUCCCUGCCUCUUUCUCACAUACUCGGUUUUUCGAUAUGAUAUGUGAAGCCUACACAUUUUAUGUCAAAUCCCAAAUGGAGUUGGCUCUAGGACGGUUUGAAAAUGCAAUUACAGCUGCAGAGAAAGCUUUAAAGAUUGAUCCAAGAAACAGUGAGAUUGAGACGUUUUAUAGAAAUGUUAGAUUGAUUACUAGGGCGCGUGAUCGUGGUAACGAUCUUUAUGAACUGGAAAGAUACACUGAAGCAGGAGCAGCUUAUGCAGAAGGCCUUAAGUUUGAUCCAUAUAAUGCUACUCUAUUCAGUCAUAGAGCAGAUUGUUUCUUUAAGGUUGGGAUGUGGGAGAGCUCAAUCGAAGAUUGUAGCCAUGCAUUGCUCAUCCUACCGAGUUACACAAAGCCUCUUCGUCUAAGAGCUGCAUCAUACAGCAAGCUGGAAAGAUGGGCUGAAGCUGUGAGCGAUUAUGAAACUUUGAGAAAGGAGCUGUCUUAUGACAAAGAAGUUGCUGAGUCUUUGUUUCAUGCUCAAGUUGCAUUGAAGAAAUCUCGCGGAGAAGUAGUUCUAAACAUGGAAUUUGGAGGAGAAGUUGAAGAAAUUUUUAGUCUUGAAGAGUUAAAAGCUGCAUUGACCCGACCUGGAGUUUCCAUUGUACUAUUUAUGAGAGCUUCUGAUCAACAUUGCAAAGAUAUGUCUGUUUUCAUGGACGCACUCUGUAUUCGUUACCCAUCUCUGCACUUCCUUAAGGUAGAAAUCGAGAAAUGUCCAUUAGUGGGUGAUGCAGAGAAAGUGAGAGUUGUACCAGCAUUCAAAAUCUACAAACUUGGGAUUCGGAUGAAGGAGAUUGUGUGUCCAAGCAGGGAAGCACUGGAGAAUUCAGUGAGGCACUAUGGCCUUUAG